GAGCUAACAAUAAAUAUUUCCUUUCAAGGGAACUCGAAAGCUCGCAGUGACAAGCUUUAACAUGACACGGGGGUUCACGAACAUGGAGAAUGGCAGGGCCCAGUUUCCAUUUCCCUACCAGCCCUAUGACAUCCAGGAGCAGUUCAUGCAGGCACUGUACAAGACACUUGACCAGGGCAAAGUGGGAAUCUUUGAAAGUCCGACUGGAACGGGCAAGUCUCUGAGUCUAAUAUGUGGAGCGCUGAGCUGGCUCACAGACCAUGAGGAGAAGAGCAGGCAGAAGACAGCUGCUCUGCUGCAUGAAGGAGAAGCAUCUCUCUCCACGUCCUCUGCCCCGAGCUCCUCAGCAGAGCCGGACUGGAUCACUGAUUUUGUUCACAAGAAGGCAGAACGUGACUUGGUGUCAAAGUUGAAGGAAGAAGAAUUGAAAAGAAAGACGAGAGAAGAAAAAUUAGAAAUGAUCAGAAACAAUGUUCAACUUAAGUAUGCAAUGAAAAGAAAAAGCUGUGAAGAGGAAGAAGCAUUCAAAUUGCUCCACCUCAGCAAAGAGGAAGAGACCGAGGCACAAGGCGAUCAAGAAGACGAGGAGCUUGUCAUUGCAGAAUAUGAGAGUGACGAUGAGUCAAAGACCAGGAGCAGGUUUCGUGGGGCUGAGGAUGACACUGACGACGAGCUGGUUGAAGAACAUGUAAAUAAGAUUUACUACUGCAGUCGCACACACUCCCAGUUGGCCCAAUUUGUCCAUGAGGUUCAAAAGAGCCCCUUCAGCAAGAACAUCAGUCUGGUCACACUGGGCUCACGGCAGAAUCUGUGUAUCAACGAAGAGGUGCUUCGCCUGGGCAGCAUCCAGCGCAUUAACGACCGCUGCGUGGAGAUGCAGAAGAACAAACAUGCGAAGCCACAUCAUGAAGAAGGUGCUAAACGCAAGCGAGGCCCAGCAAAGGCCGUGUGUCCCUAUCAUAAAGCGCCAGCACUGCAGCAGAUGAGGGACAGCGUUCUGGGGACAGUCCACGAUAUUGAGCAGAUGCUGAAGCUGGGAAGGGAAACACAUGCAUGUCCAUACUACGCCACUCGCCUCGCUGUUCCCUCUGCACAGUUGGUGGUGUUGCCCUAUCAGAUGUUGCUGCAUGAGGCCACAAGGAGGGCAGCAGGGGUCCAGCUAAAGGGACAGGUGGUGAUCAUAGAUGAAGCUCACAAUCUUAGUGACACACUCUCCAGUAUACACAGCGCAGAGAUCACUGGAGCACAGCUUUGCCGUGCCCACUCACAGCUCACCCAGUAUGCAGACCGCUAUAAGAGCAGACUGAAGGCAAAGAACCUGAUGUACAUCAAACAGAUUCUGUUUGUGAUUGAAGGGCUUGUCCGGGUGCUGGGAGGUAAAGUGGGGCAGAAUCCACAGAGUCAGAUGACACAAACAGAAACCGAACUGCACACCAUCAACAACUUCCUCUUUAAGGCUCAGAUCGACAAUAUCAACUUGUUUAAGUUACAGAGAUACUUUGAGAAGAGCAUGAUUAGCAGAAAACUGGUGGGCUUUGUGGAGAAGUACGCAGGAUCAGGUGUGAGUCUGCACACUCCGAGCAGCUCUAACAAGGAGAACCGGCGCACAGAGGGCCUAACCCGAUACCUUCAAACACUGCAGAGCACCCAGGUCAAUGCGCCAGUUUCCUCAGCGGGCCAGCAGGGGUCAGAAGCAGAGAAAGUUCUGUCUACGUCUCCCAUGAUGCAAGUGGAGGUUUUCUUCAUGGCUCUCACCAACAGCAACACGGAUGGCAGAGUAUUGGUGCACAGACAAGGUACUCUGUCAGAGGGCAGUGUCAAGUUCCUGCUGUUGAACCCAGCGGUCCACUUCGCCGAGGUGCUGAAGCAGUGCAGAGCAGUUAUCAUCGCAGGAGGAACCAUGCAGCCUUUUUCAGACUUCAAACAAGAGCUGUUGUUUUCUGCCGGAGUGGGAGAGGAGCGCAUCACUGAGUUCUCCUGUGGUCAUGUAAUUCCUCCCGAGAACAUUCUUCCCCUCGUCCUGUGCAGCGGUCCCUCCGGUCAGGAGCUGGAUUAUACUUUCCAAAACAGAGACUCUCCACGCAUGAUGGACGAGACGGGGCGCAUUCUCUCCAACAUCUGUAACGUGGUCCCGGGCGGGGUCGUGUGCUUCUUCCCUUCUUACGAGUACUCGAGGCGCAUCGUUUCUCACUGGGAGGCCAGCGGUGCUCUGACCCGUCUGGCUAAUAAGAAGAAGAUCUUCCAGGAGCCAAAGAAAGCCAACCAGGUGGAGCAGGUGCUGAGUGAGUUCUCCCGCUGUAUCCAGAGGUGUGCUGUGGACGCUGGCGGGCUCACAGGAGCGUUGCUGUUCUGUGUCGUCGGAGGAAAGAUGAGCGAGGGCAUCAAUUUUUCCGAUGACCUUGGCAGGUGUGUAGUGAUGGUGGGAAUGCCAUAUCCCAACAUCAAAUCCCCAGAGCUGCAGGAAAAGAUGUCCUACCUCGAUAAACACCUGCCUCACAGUGGAGGGAGGAGCCCUGGCCAAGCCCUUAUAGAAAACCUCUGCAUGAAGGCUGUCAAUCAAUCCAUCGGUAACGAUGCAAUAACAUUUACAAUAAUUACCGAUUCCAUAGUUGGUAAGAUAGUACGAUCGGUAUUCAUAUGUAUUGGACUUAAUCUGCCCAAAGGAAGAGCUAUCCGUCACCGUGGCGACUAUUCCGCCAUUGUGAUGUGUGACCGACGCUACGCUCGACCCGCGACCCUCUCCAAACUACCAACGUGGAUAAAAAGCCGCACCAGCACACACACAACUUUUGGCACUGCUUUUGCUGCCUUACGGAAGGUGAGAAACAAAUCCGCUCAUGAAUCCACACACAACAAACUCCUGAGUUGUUCCAAAAAUAUAUUCAUAUGUUGUCUGUAAAUUCUUCUUUCCUAGUUCUUCCUGGAGAAGAAGAAGCAGCAAGUGUAGCGUCUCUUCCACUGAGCUCAACUGACAUGUCCAAAGAGCGAGGUUGGGAAGAACUUCGAGGGAACAUUAGCACCCCAAAAAUACUAUAAGAUAAUUAGAGGACCUCUAAUAAUUAUCACAACAAGGCCUCUGCCUCUUUUACUUGCGUUUACAUUCUUGAACAUUUAGAAGCUGUCAGACCGAAGUGCUCCUGGCAGAAGGUCAAGGGUCAACCAGUGGAGCAGUUUGUUUUCAGUGCACCACAGUUGGUGUAUUUAACUUUUCAGCUUCCAUUUAUUUUCCAACAUCUCUGGUUGAAGUGAAGAACAUGAUGUCACACUGCAGACAAAGGCCACAGGGGCAUUUCUCAAAUCGACUCGUGUAUAUCAGUCCUGCACUGUCGGUUAUUUUUAAAUUCAUUAUGUUGAGAUGAAUUACUGAAGUAGCUUCUAAGCAGACAACAGACAAAGCGUCGACUUGGGAAUCUAUGGGACGUAAAGAAUGUUACAUAUUGAAAGCAUUUAAUGUUAAGUGUUAUGUAAUGCAAAAAUGAAUAAAAGACAUUGGUAAAAUGG